ACCCAGAAACUUGAGAGUUCGAUCAAACUCAGAUGGAUAAGCUCACCCUUAUCCUUGAUCCUACAGAUGAGUUCGUUUGGACAGCAGAGAGUUGCCAUAGGGUUUACUCCUACUUCCAGGAGCUUGUGGAUCACUACGAGGGUGCCCUGUUGACAGAAUACACACUGCGACUGAUUGGUUCGGAUAUAGAGCACUACAUAAGGAAGCUGCUGUAUGAUGGAGAAAUCAAAUACAACAUGAAUGCAAGGGUCCUGAAUUUCAGCAUGGGGAAACCACGCAUUCUAUUUAACAACGAUGGCCAGCUGGAAGAUGUACAAUCAUAAGAUACAGAUAGGGUGUCCAGACAAAACAUAGACGAAAGCAUCAAGUUGAGAUGUGGAAUGUUUAAAUACGGUUUCAUACUGACGGCUCAUCUCCACGAGCUGCUAAAAGUUGCAUCAGUAUUUAGCAUUCUAUACAUUGGCACCUUCUACCUGGUAUAGUUUUUGGAAGUACAACCUUCGCAUCUA